AUGUCUCAUUCCCAGCCUGCCCUUGAUGUCUUCUUCUACUUUCAGAAACAGGAGCUCAAGCUCAGCUUCAAUUCGCCCAACCAAGCAGCAUCCUACCAGAACCGCAAUCGAGAAUCCCGCAUCUUCGCCAACGAGCCCAGCGCCGUGUACCUCCCGCUAGCCCCGUCCAUGGUUUACCUGCGGGACAGUAGCAAGGGGCUUGUCAUUGGCUUCGCAAAAUCAGAGGACGCCGACCUGUGGUGUCGGGCCUCUAUUCUGGGCCAGAAACACGGGCACUAUGAGGUGCACAUCGGCCGCGGGUGGACAGACGAGCAGCUGAACCAGGCCCUCCAGAUCCAACACCAGCCCUACGUGCCGAAAAGCAGCAGCCGACCGCAGAGUAUCCAAUCCACUAUAGAGCCCACGCCGCCGUCGAGUUCAGGGUCGGACUCAAACUUGAAACCCUCGUCCAGUCCUCCUCAAGGGCUCCCGCUUUCCCAGGACGAAUCUCCGUCCGCCUGCCAGUCGUCUAGAGCCCCGUAUCUACCGUCUGCACUCGCUAUUGGUUCAAGUCAGGCUGCCGCGCAGAGAUCAAAAUCUCCUGGUCGUACUUUACCGCCCGCAUUGCUGCCUCAAGGAACGGCUACGCCUCGCUACUCGGCCCAGGAUAGUUUUCAAACACCGAUCCCUUUUUAA